GUGUGACCCUGGGCAAAUCACUUAACCUGUUUGCCUCAGUUUCCUUAUCUGUAAAAUGAGGACAAUAACAACAUCAGUAUUGUUGUGAGACAUUUCUAAAGUGCUUUGCAAACUUUAAAGCACUACACAAAUGCUAGCUAUAACAUAAUAGUGUUGUUAUUAUAGUCCAUAUUUCCUUCCUUCGUUACUGGACAAGGUUGUUGUAAGGCAUAAAUGAGAUAAGGUUUUUAAACUGUUUUGCAAGCAUUAAGGGAGUAUUUAAAUAUUAUUGUUAUUACCAGAGGCAGUGUUGGUUGCAUGGUGGCUAGAGAGUCUAACUUGAAACCAGGAAGGCCUGAGUUCAAAUCCUCCCUCUGAACCUUUCAGAGCUCCAGGCAAUUCUCUGGGACUAUAAAUGGCAGGGAGAGUGUCUGCGUUUCCUCGCCUGGAAGGUCCCUACAUCAGUGACAUCACAGGUCCAGCUGGUUCAGCAGAUCGAGCCCUGGGCCUGGAGUCUGGAAGACCCCAGUUCAAAUGUUACCAGCUGUAUGACCCUAGGCAAGUCACUUGAACUCCUUCCUCCAUUGUAAAAUGUCUGUGACGAUCCCAAGGUUGUUGUUAGGAUUAAAUAGGUAAAUAUUUGAUAAGUGCGUGGCACAGAGCGGGCCCUUAAAAACGCUUCCUUCCUUCCCGUUACCACGUCGUUACUAUCUCUCCUGUCCCUCCCAGGAGGAGCCUCUUUCCCAGGGGGACCCUUUAACUCCCUUCCCCUCCGGCGCUGGUUUCUAUGGGGAUGUAAUCUAUCAGAGCACAGCUGCCGCCGAACAACUUCCGCCUUCCCCGCUUCAGGGUCUGCUUCCUGAUUGGCCGGCUCCUCCCAGCUGACCCGGCACGGCCGCGCUGGUUGGCUGUCGCGGGCACAGGCCGGCCGGAAGCGCCUGGUUUCCCGGGUUACGGCGCUGCGCGCGGGCCCGCCGUUAUAGCUGGAGGCGCCGGGGCUCCGAGAGUCGCCGCUGUGGGCGGCGGCGGCGGGGGCGGGGGCGGCCGCCAUGGCGAGCGUGCACGAGAGCCUCUACUUCAACCCCAUGAUGACCAACGGCGUGGUGCACGCCAACGUGUUCGGCAUCAAGGACUGGGUGACGCCGUACAAGAUCGCCGUGCUCGUGCUGCUGAGCGAGAUGGGCCGCGCGGGCGGCUCCGCCAUCGGCCUGCUGGAGCGGCGGCGGCUCAACCAGCUCCUGCUGCCGCUGCUGCAGGGGCCUGAUAUGACGUUGACUCGGCUGUACAAGGCAAUUAAUGAGUCCUGUCCACAGCUGGCAAAUUCCGUUCAAAUCAGAAUCAAGCUGAUGGCUGAAGGGGAGCUGAAGGACAUGGAGCAAUUCUUUGAUGACCUUUCGGAUUCCUUCUCUGGAACUGACCCCGAGGUUCACAAAACAAGUGUCGUAGGUUUGUUUCUGCGUCACAUGAUCUUGGCAUACAACAAGCUUUCCUUCAGUCAGGUAUACAAGUUGUACACAGCCCUGCAGGAAUACUUUCAAAAUGCAGAAAAAAAAGCGGCUGCAGAAGAGGCCGAGAUGGACAUGACUAGCCCCGAGGGGCGGCUCGUGGGGACGCUGGAGAGAGAAGAUCUGGACGUGCCUUCCGGAGAGGAGGAGAUCUCUUGCAGUGGGCCUCUUUCCCAGAAACAAGCUGAAUAUUUCCUUUCCCAACAGGCGUCUUUAUUAAAGAAUGAUGAGACAAAAGCUCUCACUCCUGCUUCUUUGCAGAAAGAAUUGAAUAACUUGUUGAAAUUUAAUCCUGAUUUUGCUGAAGCGCAUUACUUAAGCUACUUAAACAGUCUUCGGGUCCAAGAUGUCUUCAGUUCUACGCACAGUCUUCUCCAUUAUUUUGACCGCCUGAUUCUCACUGGCGCAGAGAGCAAAAGCAAUGGGGAUGAAGGGUACGGGCGAAGCUUGAGAUACGCUGCUCUCAAUCUAGCUGCCUUGCACUGCCGAUUCGGACACUACCAACAGGCAGAGCUUGCCCUGCAGGAGGCCAUCAGGAUUGCCCAGGAGUCCAACGACCAUGUGUGUCUGCAGCACUGCUUGAGCUGGCUUUAUAUCUUGGAGCAGAAGAGAUCAGAUAGCUGUGUUCUGUUGGAACAUUCAGUGAAGAAAGCUGUGCAUUUUGGAUUACCGUAUUUAGCAUCCCUUGGGAUCCAGUCCUUAGUUCAACAAAGAGCUUUCGCUGGGAAGACGGCAAACAAAUUGAUGGACGCCCUGAAGGACUCCGAUCUUCUGCACUGGAAGCACAGCCUGUCGGAACUCAUCGACAUCAGCAUUGCCCAGAAAACUGCCAUCUGGAGGCUCUACGGGCGCAGCACCAUGGCUCUCCAGCAGGCCCAGACGCUGCUUAGCAUGAACAGCCUGGAGGCCUUGAACCUGGGCGUGCAGCAGAACAACACCGAAUCAUUUGCGGUCGUGCUGUGUCACCUGGCCGAGCUCCACGCUGAGCAGGGCUGUUUGGCGGCUGCUUCUGAAGUGCUGGAGCACUUAAAAGAAAGAUUCCCACCAAAUAGUCAGCAUGCACAGCUGUGGAUGCUCUGUGAGCAGAAAAUACAGUUUGGAAGAGCUAUGCAUGAUGGCAGAUACCACAUGGCAGAUUCUCUCGUGACAGGGAUUACGGCCCUGAGCAGCCUAGAGGGGGCGUAUAGGAAGGCGAUUGUGCUCCAAGCCCAGAACCAGACGUCGGAGGCUCACAAGCUUUUGCAGAAGUUGUUGGUCCAUUGUCAGAAGAUGAAGAACACAGAAAUGGUGAUCAGCGUUCUGCUGGCCGUGGCGGAGCUGUACUGGAGGGCCUCCUGCCACACCAUCGCCCUGCCCGUCCUGCUGCAGGCGUUGGCCCUGUCCAGAGAAUACCGGCUGCAGUACCUGGCCUCAGAGACCGUGCUGAGCUUGGCUUUCUCCCAGCUUAUCCUUGGCAUUCCUGAGCAGGCCUUGAACAUCCUCCACAUGGCCAUUGAGCCUAUCUUGGCAGAUGGGGCUGUGUUGGACAAAGGGCGUGCUAUGUUCCUGGUGGCCAAGUGCCAGGUUGCUUCUGCUAAUGCCUACGAACCCCAGAAGAAAGUCGAAGCUUUGGAGUCCGCCAUCCUGAACCUCAACGAAGCCAAGGAUUACUUUGCAAAAGUGGACUGCAAAGAGCAAAUCCGAGACGUUCUUUACUUCCAGGCCAGGCUGUACCACAUGCUGGGGAAGGCCCAGGAGAGGAACAGAUGCGCCAUGCUCUUCCGUCAGUUACACCAGGAGCUUCCGUCUCAUGGGGUUCCCUUAGUCAACCACCUCUAGGCAAGCACGGCCGAGGCUGGCCUUGUUGGCAGCGUUUUCUUCUCCUCACCUUUUAAAGGAUGUAUUUUUUGUGCGAUCAUUUGUGUAUUAUUGGAAUCCACUUAUCAAUAAAAAGACUGCCUUCAGUUUA